AUGAGGGCAAAUCGUGGUAUGGAGCUGCCAGAGGACUUCUGGAUACCUAUCAAUCUGGACACCAACAACAUCACAUCACUCAGCCCUUUCCUGGUUCCUCAGGAUCACCUGGGGAGCUCGGGCAUCUUCUAUGCCAUGGCAGGAUUUAUGUUCUUUGUAUUUACUGUGGGUACUGGCAUCAACACCCUCACCAUCGGAUGCACCAUCAAAUACAAGAAGCUCCGGUCCCACCUCAACUACAUCCUGGUGAACUUGGCCGUGGCGAACCUUCUCGUGUCCUGUGUGGGCUCCUUCACGGCCUGCUGCUCCUUUGCAUCCAGAUAUUUCAUCUUUGGACCUCUAGCGUGCAAAAUUGAAGGUUUUAUGGCGACACUUGGUGGUAUGGUAAGCCUGUGGUCUCUGGCUGUGAUAGCUUUUGAAAGAUGGCUGGUCAUCUGCAAGCCACUUGGUAACUUUGUUUUCAAGCCUGACCAUGCUUUAGCUUGCUGCCUAUUCACUUGGGUGUUUGCACUGAUGGCCUCAGUUCCUCCACUUGUUGGAUGGAGCAGAUAUAUCCCAGAAGGCCUUCAGUGCUCCUGUGGACCAGACUGGUACACCACAAACAACAAAUACAACAAUGAAUCCUACGUGAUAUUCCUUUUCUGCUUCUGCUUUGCUGUUCCCUUUUUCACCAUUAUGUUCUGCUACGGUCAGCUGCUCAUUACACUGAAAAUGGCAGCGAAGGCCCAAGCUGAGUCUGCCUCCACCCAGAAGGCAGAGAGGGAGGUGACCAGGAUGGUGGUUGUCAUGGUGCUGGGCUUCCUGGUGUGCUGGAUGCCCUAUGCCAGUUUUGCUCUGUGGGUUGUGAACAACCGUGGGCAACCGUUCGACCUGAGACUGGCCACCAUACCCUCCUGCUUCUCUAAAGCCUCUGCAGUCUACAAUCCUGUUAUUUACGUCCUCUUCAAUAAACAGUUUCGUUCAUGUAUGAUGAUGAUGCUGGGGAUGGGUGGAGGUGAGGAAGAAACAUCAACAACACAGUCAGUGACUGAAGUCUCCAAAGUUGGGCCGGCUUAA